UCUACGAUUACACUUGGUCGUAGUUUGGUGUUGUGUUUUAGCGAGUCAGAAGGGGAAAAAACUUACCACACUCAAUAAUUCUCCCUCAUAUAUAAAUAAAAACCAUAAUCUAACCCAUAUGCCCUCAAGCCGUUCACCUCCCUCUCUCCCGUGGACGUUGUCGCUCCUGCCGCUGCCACUCCACCUCCCUCUUCCUCUGUUGUGCCAUCCGCCCCCUGUCGUGCCCUCUACCACACUCCGCCCCCUGCCGUCUCCGUCGCCUGCCUCCUUUCUCCCUAUCGCUGCUUGCCACCACCACCAUGAGGUCGUCAUCGCUGACACAUGCGACCAGCCAUCCCAUCCUCCUCUCAUCGUGUUGCCGCCACCACCAUCUCGUCCUCCUAUGAGUGUCACCACCUCGAACCAUGGUCACUCUACAGAAAAGCAAGGACCAUAACCAAUCACACUAAGUAUAUUUGUUGUAUCUUUUUAAAUUAAAAACAUACACGAACCUAAAAUAUGAAAAUCACAUGAUUUUGACCGAAUGACUAAAGAACGUGCAUUCCCAGAGACUCUGGUAGAGAUAUUUUGUCUCAUUGUAGUCUUCUCUAGUCCCCUUACGAACUCUGGUUAUUGGGUUUAUGAAGAAGGUAGAUAUCACCGAGAGACUCAAAUUCGAUGGAAUGAAAGGGGAAGAGUAAAUGAAUGGACUUAUGGGUC